AUGGCUUCAUUUGAUUUCCAAUCACUGUUUACGAAUGUUCCCGGUCGGGAGGUCAUACGUAUCAUGUGUGAUCAUGUGGAGCAAAACCAACUGAAAAUCGGUAUACCAGUAUCAGUUCUGGUACGACAAUUACUACUGUGCACAACAAACGUAUCGUUCUCCUUCCUUGGUUGGGCUUACAGACAAAUUGACGGUGUCGCAAUCCGAACUCCAUUGAGCCCCAUUCUGGCACAUAUGUUUUUGGCUCAUCUUGAGGAAAAGGCGAGCAAAAUCCUCGAACGUUCACAACUUUACAAACGAUACGUUGAUCAUGUUCUAGUCAUCACAAUAAGUCUAGAAGAGACAACAUGGAUUAUGGAUAAACUCGAUCGCCUGCAUCCGAAUAUACGAUUUACGAUGGAAACAGAAAUCGAAGAUACACUGCACUUCCUCGACAUUAAAAUGACUAGGAAUAAUGAUGGAACAAUGGCCAGAUCUGUUUACCGAAAAGAAACUUGGACAGGCCAAUGCUUGCAAUUUGACAGCUUUGUGUCUGUGGAAUAUGAACGUGGUCUGGUCCGAACACUAUUUCAAACAGCACGACAUAUCUGCACGGAAGACAUGAUUGACAACGAACUACGACAGCUGAAUGAAUCUUUGACUAGAAACGCUUAUCCCGAUGCGUUUAUCGAAAAGCACAGCAAGCCUAAAUUGAUCAGACAAACGAAUUGUUCAGCAGAAAAACUACUAGUCACCCUUUGUCUUCCAUUCAUACGUGAUGACAUCAAUUGCUUGCUCAAACGACCACUUGGAUCAGCGCUUGCCCAAAACAAAUAUUAUGCACCUGACCUCAGAAUUAUUCAUCGGACGAUUGAGAUCCCCACACCCUCGGUGAAACAACGUCCACCAAUGUACACCAAAUCGAAUCUGAUUUACCAAUUUCAGUGUAGUUGCGGAGCAACGUACGUGGGUCGAAAAGAGCGCCAGUUACGUAACCGAGUGAUUGAAUAUAUUCCAAAUUGA